CAGAAAGAACCACAGCGAGUACGGCGUCGACGUCAUCGAUUCCUCCGCCCUCACCGGGGGAUUCCAGUCCUUCAACUUCAAGAACACCAGACAAGGAAACCCUCUGCUGCUGAACUCCUCCGUGCCUCCGGACCUGACGUCGGGCCGGAGCUUCAGAACCCCUCUCUGCUUCCACGACGCCGCCAACAAGGAUCUGUUCGACCCACUGCCGGACAUCAAGGUCAAGGUGCAGAGCUCCUUCCCACUGGACUCGAACCAGGACUACAGCGACACCGAGGAGCGGCACAAAAAGGGCCUUCUGGCGCUGAACGGGCCGCUCAGCGCCGGGAAACAGCUGAGAGCCAGCGAAGUGUUCGGACCCACCGGAGGUCGCCUGGUGCUGCCAGACUCUGGGGUCAGUCUGCUGGUUCCUCGCGGAGCCGUGGCUGAGAACGAGUCCUGCGAGAUGUUCAUGGUGAUCAAUGACGGAGAGGCAAGUGUGGAGACCCUGGAGGGCUGUGAGAUCCUCCUGGGCCCUGAGGUGAUGUACGGUCCUCCGGGCCUCGACCUCUCCGUCCCGCUGGCCCUGACCAUCGCUCAUUGCGCCGAGCCCGACCCGGAGAACUGGAGCGUCUCGCUGAAGAGGAAGACCCAGGACAGCAAAUGGGAGGAAGUGAUGUCGGUGGAGGAAGAGUCCACUUCCUGUUACUGCCUGCUGGACUGUGGGAGUGUGCACCUGCUCCUGGAUCAGCCGGGAUCGUACGCUCUGGUUGGCGAGCCGCUGACUCAGAACGCCGUGAAGAGGCUGAAGCUGGCUGUGUUCGGGGGUCUGGAGGCCAUGAGCUACAUCCUGAGGGUUUACUGUGUGGACGACACGCCACACGCCUUUCAGGGAGUGGUGUCGGCGGAGAUGAGUCGGGGGGGGCAGCUCCUCGAGGAGCCCAAGACGUUGCCUUUCCUGGCGAACACCUUCAGCCUCCAGGUGUCCAUCCAGGAUGUUCCUCAGUUCCUGUGGAGCAUCAAACCCUUCACCACCUGUCAGGAGUUCUCGUUCCGCUCGGUGUGGUUCAGCAGCCGGCAGCACUGUGCCUUCAGUCUGCAGAGAUUCUCCCCCAACACCUCGCAGCUCUCCUGCAAGAUCAGCGUGCGACAGGUCAAAGGUCACGAGCAGAUCCUGCAGGUCUACACCGCCGUGACCCAGACGAUGAAGGAACCCCCCCCCCCCCCCCCUGCAGACGGACUCUCUCUCGGGCCCCGGGGCCUUCAGCAUCCCCCCCUCCAUCCAACAGAGGAUCUGCAGCACCUUCGACACGGCCGAGGACUGGAGGCUGCUCGCUGAGAAGCUGCAGCUCCAGAGGAACCUGGACUUCUUCUCUCAGCACUCGAGUCCCUCGGCGGUGAUCCUCAGUCUGUGGGAGGCUCGACACCAGGACUCCGUCCACCUCUCCUCGCUGGCAGCGGCUCUGGAGGAGAUCGGACAGAUCCACAGAAUCUCUGAGGGGGGAGGAGUGUGUGAGGACAGACUGACACACUGACGCUUAUAUCUGCACACACACUCACACACACACACACACACACACACACACACACAGCCGGGGAUGGACACACACUGCGACCCGAUCGGACGGACAGAGGAGUCUUUAGUAGUCUGACUAUAAUCUGGCUUUCCAUUUCAUUCCUAAUGUUUCCUCUCUGUUUUCAUCUCACUUCAUUUUCUGGAUUUGUGUUCGAAGAGAAGGAAUGAUGUUCUUUGCACAUGCUUCUAAUAUGGGUACAUACAAAUACACACAGUUAUGUUUUUAGUGCACACGUGUAGAUACAAAUACACACAGUUAUGUUUUUAGUGCACACGUGCAGAUACAAAUACACACAUUUAUUCACAACUUCAAGCAGCUCAAUUUGCAGCCGGUUCCAAGCCACAGGAGCAGCGCAUAUCUGCACACACACACACACACACACACACACACACACACACACACACACACACACACACACACACUGCGACCGAGCCUGAUGCACGACAGAGGUUUAUAUUGCAACUGCUAACUGAGUGCUGGGUGAUACUUUAGAAACAAACCAGAUCGAUCUUGAAAGCCAGUUUUAAUGUGAAAUAAAGAUGUUUGUGUGAAAAUGAGA